AUUCAUAGUUUUUCCUUUCAGUUCUGGUUGCACACAGUGAAAUGGAUCAUCAAUGCCACCCUCAACAAGUUCACUGAGGAGCUGAAGAAGUUUGAAGUGAACACACUGGUUACAGUUUGUGAGGCCACUUUUGACAAGGCUCCACUGGAGAAGGAGGGGAUCCAGGUCUUGGACUGGCCCUUUGAUGAUGGCGCCCUACCUCCCACCCACAUUGUGGAUGAUUGGCUCAACUUGUUGAAGACCGAGUUUCGCGAGGAACCUGACUGCUGCAUUGCCGUGCACUGUGUGGCAGGGUUAGGCCGAGAUCCAGUCUUGGUGGCCUUAGCCCGCUUUGAGUGUGGGAUGAAAUAUGAGGAUGCAGUGCAGUUCAUAAGGCAGAAAAACGGUGGAGCCUUCAACUCCAAACAGCAUCUUUACCUCGGGAACUACAGACCCAAAAUGCGUCUGCGGUUCAAGGAUGCCAACGGCCAUAACUGCUGUGUGCAGUAGGCUGUCUAUCAGUGUGUCACUCAAUGUGCAAAUACAGGGGAAACUAGUCCAACAAGAGGAGAUAAAAAUGAAGAGAAAGCUGUUUUUGUGGUGAUUUCUUAACACACUAUGUCACGGCUAAUUGAUCACAGAUAAGUGAGCGAGCGAUUGAAUGAUUGAAUCCAGAUCAAGGGAUCCACCAGCUGAACCAAUGAAUGAGAAAGGUCAAAGCACACAGAUAGGCCCACCUCCCAGUUUCUAGUGUUCAAGCAAGGGGCCAGAAUUUUUCGACUCGAGUCCAUCCUGAUACACCCCACCCCACCCAGAUUUUGCAGAGGGUUAACUUUUCCAUUUUGUGUAUUUUUAUCAUAGUUCCACAAUGAUGAUGGGGGAGAAAAAACCCUCAUAAAUAUUCAAUAUUGAUUUUUAUUUCUAUUAUUGAUAUUGUGAUUGGCCUGGGGUUAUGUUCUUUUCUUUUUUUAAAGCUAUUUUAAACCUUUCAGUCCAUUUUGAUGUUUCUCCUAAAAGUUCAACUAAAACUGCAGUAAUGUUCUCUGAGCCUUCACUUGCUUAAAGUCACUUUUUUAAGUUUAGGGGUUCUACUUAUUUUUGAAUAUGUCCGCUAUAUUUUUUUUUACAAGCUAUUAGUGUGGCAGUCUAGAGUUUUGGGGGGGUAAGGAUGCUUUAUCCUUUUGAUUUUUUUAAAAAUUUUCUCCUACAGCCAUUUUUUUUCUUCCACUUAUCUUGCGGGAGUGCUACAAGUCCACCUCAGAAGAGACCCACCAAACCCUCCUGGCCGUCCUACACACAUACACCUUCUCUACACCGUUGUUGAACAUGGUGGAGACACUUGGUGAUUUGCACAACAGGUACUUUCCCCCCCCCCAUUCACUAAGGCUGCUCACUCCUUUUUAACAGGUUUACACCAGGGACUUCCCUUCACGUCACUCAUUAAGACGCAUACAGAGCCUAAGAUCCAACUGUUAAACCCUCCCUCUGUCUGAAGGAAAAGAGGUGGAGAAGAUAGAAAAUGGUCAGUUUUUUACCAUUGUACCCAUUCUGAAGACAUUCCCAAUUCAUACUGAUUGAUUGUUAUUGGCCCCCCUCCCCCUUCUCCCCAGUUGUACUUGGCCAAUUACCCUACUCUUCACAUCCGGCUUCCCACCCGCAAACACGGCCAAUUGUCUCUGUAGAGAUGCCUGACCAAGCCGGAUGUAACACGGAGAUUCAAACUGCCAACCCACAUGUUGGUAGGCAACGGAAUAGACUGCUAUGCUACCUGGGUGUACAAUAUUGGUUCUUCAAGAUAAAUAAAUCGAAAUACAAAGCAAAAACGCUGUGAGUACACAGCUUUUUUCAAUAAUCGGCUGGUGUUCUCUAUCUUUACUCUAUCUCGAAAUUAUGCAACUUUCGCUGACGUCUGCUGUUCUAAUGAGGCAUCUGUAAAUUAUUUUUAGUGUGUUUGUAAAUGACUGACCAGAGGGGUAUACUAGAAGCUGGAUUAUAAGGUUUUACGGAAUUACCUUUGUGUGUUGUGAAGCCAGUUAGAGGAAACAAACCUUUAAUAUGCUGAACUUCCACGUGACAGGGCUCUGGCUAUUAUUUUUAUUGCUAUGUUUGAUUUUUUUAUUGCCACAUGUGGUCCUACUGAAGGCUGGGCCACGGUUCACCACUGAG